CAGGGAGCAAUUACCAAUUUUUACAAAACUUCAGAAGAUAUCAAUCUAAAUUGUAAAUAGACCGAAACUAAAAAAGAUUUAUUAAAGGACGAAACUCUCCUCUUCCCCACACCAGGCCCAUGGUCCCACCACUUUAGGUCAACGUGAUUGGAAGAAGAGAUAUAAAACUCCACAUAAAAAUAGCUGUAAAUCCAAGAUCCCAGGGAUAGGCAGCGCCACCCCACCACCCGCCACCAGUGCUGGCUGUCUCUGCAAUUUUGACCUUCCUUUAUCAGAUUCACAGGGACUUCAGAGAGGGAGAAAUCGGAAUUGGAAGGAAGGGUUCAGAGUUAAACUGGGAAUCAACCUUGGACCCUUUUUUUUCGUAUAUAAGAAAGUUGAUCUGGGUCUUUAAGGUCUUCAGAAGGAGAUUCUUUUGAAUGUUAUUCAAAGCAGGCGGUGGGGACGACGAUGGUUUCGGAUCCGAAUCUAAUUUACUACGCUUGCGUAGCCAGAGGGACCAUAAUUCUUGCUGAAUUCAAUUCCAAGCAUGCGGAUCUUGGAUCCCUAGCCCGGGAAUGCCUCGGCAAGACCCCGCCUCUGCAUUCGGUUUUCUCCCACACCGUUCGCCAGAGGACCUACACCUUCUUAAUCGAGGACCCUUUUGUUUAUUUCGCCAUUUUUGAUGAGAAGCUCGAGAAUUCCGAAGGGUUGGCCUUUCUCAAGGGUGUCAAGGAGGCGUUUAAUGACGUUGCCGGGACGAAUUCAGGGAAGAAGCGUUUGGAGCAUCUGAGUUCUCAUUCUUUCCAGGGGGAAUUCAACCCCGUUUUUCAUCAGCUGUUGACUUGUGGGGAUUUGGAUGCUGUUGUUGGUUCUCCCAGUGGCGUUCAAUCUGGUCAUGGCAGGAAUGUGAGCACGGAUUCUUCGGUAACUGGAGGAGGGAGUGUGCCUGUUGGAAUGCCUUUGCUGGCUAAUGGGUCCAAGAAUUUGACGAUGAAGAAGAAGAAGAGGUUUUUAUUGGGUGGAUGCUUGGUUGGGCCUGGUGGAAAUGAGAAAGAUGAAAAGAGUGUUAAGGCAUUGGAUGGGUCUGAUGAUGGUCUGAUUGGACUAAGCUCCGAGUUUAGGGUGGUGAUGAGCAACAAGAAUGGAUUAUAUGCUGCAGGGGAAAUGGGGCAUCAGAAAGCUAAGAAGGUUUGGAAGAAGCAUGUGUGGGUGGUGCUAUCUAUGGACCUCAUCAUUUGUACAAUCUUGUUUGUUGUGUGGUUGUGCAUCUGCAGGGGUUUCAAAUGUAUUGAUAGUUGAAUUUGAAGUUGGAUUUCUUCAUUGAAGCUGUCCGGAAUCUUGGGAACUGGAUGUUUUUUUCAUCUGCGAUGAUGUUUCUUAUCCAUCUUUUUUUAGUGCUUCAAUAUGGAUGGAGUGAAGAAGGGGAAUACAAGGAUUUCCCCAGGAGUAAACAAAAUAAAUACUGUCUGACGACGAAGGGCAACUUUUUACUGUAUCGUAUCUGUGCAGAGCAGCUGUAAUUAAUUUCUAUGCUGUCUCUUCAAGGAUAUGGUGGUAGUUUGCAUUUUGGGUUGCUCUUCUGGAUUGUCUUAACUGUAUCUCUAUAUGGUCCCUGUAUUUGGGUUCCUUCUUUCUUUCUUUUUUUUUUUAUUUGCAUCAACUGUGUAUAUUGCAGAAUGCAGAUAUUAUGGCACUAAAAAUUUUAAGUUUGAAGAAGCAUAUGGUUGUGGAUGCUGUUGUGCAUUAUUGUACUGUAAAUCUUGUUUGAACUCUUUUUGUUUAUGGUGGAAAGUAUUGAAUAUUGUUCACUUCCAGUGUGAACUUUUGUUUAUUGUUCACUUCCACUUAUUAUACUGGCUUGCAAUUUCUGCAUUUGUUAUCAAGAAUUGCAGUAAAUGUAAUGUCACCCCUAUUUUGUUCGACAUUUGAAAGAGAUCCCAAUGAGUUUCAAACUGAACAUUUUUAGACCUAAAAAUCAGGCUGGUUGGAGAAGCAAUUACAAUUAUCCAUCUAGCUGGUGAUCGACAC